UCUUCCCGGCUCCUGCUCGGCCGCCAGCUCCGGCCUCGCCUCCCCCACGCAGGGCCCCCUGCGCCGAGCGGAGCUCACCCGAGGGAGGGCUCCUGUCCCGGCCCGCCGCCCCGGCCCAGCCGCCCGACCAGCAGCAGCCCCCGGGGGCAGCCCCCCGCUGCAGCCCGCUUCCCUGAGCGCCCCCUCCUCCCCCCCAGCCAUGAAUGUCUUCCGAUUCCUGGGAGACCUCUCCCACCUCCUAGCCAUCAUCUUGCUUUUGCUCAAAAUCUGGAAAUCUCGCUCUUGUGCCGGGAUUUCCGGGAAGAGCCAGGUCCUGUUUGCUGUGGUGUUCACGGCCCGCUACCUGGACCUGUUCACCAACUACAUCUCGCUCUACAACACCUGCAUGAAGGUCGUCUACAUCGUGUGCUCCUUCACCACCGUCUGGAUGAUUUACAGCAAGUUCAAGGCCACCUAUGAUGGCAACCAUGACACGUUCCGGGUGGAGUUCCUCGUGGUGCCCACGGCCGUCCUGGCGUUCCUGGUGAACCACGACUUCACCCCUUUGGAGAUCCUCUGGACCUUUUCCAUCUACCUGGAAUCGGUGGCCAUCUUGCCGCAGCUGUUCAUGGUGAGCAAGACGGGCGAGGCGGAGACCAUCACCAGCCACUACCUGUUCGCGCUGGGCGUCUACCGCACGCUCUAUCUCUUCAACUGGAUCUGGCGCUACCACUCCGAGGGCUUCUUUGACCUCAUCGCCAUCGUGGCGGGCCUGGUCCAGACCGUCCUGUACUGCGAUUUCUUCUACCUCUACAUCACCAAAGUCCUAAAGGGGAAGAAGCUGAGCUUGCCGGCGUAGCCCUGGUCCUCCCGGUCCUCGAUGGCCGCGGGAGGCGUGGAAGGCGGCGAGGACGAACAGCCUUCCUGUGGGGGGGUGACUUUUUUAAGGACAACCUCUCCCACUCCCCAGCCCCUCCUGCCGGGCAUCCAGGUGGUUGGGGGUGUACGUGGUGGAGGACCCGGGUCUGGGGGAACCCAGGACCUGGGAUAUUUGUAGUUUUUUGCCUUUUAGAAAAGAAAAAGAAAUCUUUCCACUA